ACAUGCUAUUCUUCUUAUCUUUUGCUGGAUGAUAUGAAAGGGCAGGAACAAACUAAUCUUUGAAAAGUCGAAAUCUUCGGCUAGUGCUGUCAUUGAUGAAAUCAAAGGAGUGGGCUUUCUCAGUGGCGGAUCCAAGGUCGGAUUUUACUGGGUUUCUUUUGGUAGUUUUUCACUAAUUUUCAUUAUUUUUUCCCAAAUCAUACAAGGUUUACACUAAUUUUUUCCAUUUUCUUCGAGUCGAAUGGGUUAUCGGGCUAAAUCUCUAGGCAUUAAUGAAACGAAUUGGAUCUGUUUUGACUUAUUGUAACUUCAAGUUUGUUUCCAUUGUUCUGUUUAUAUUUGUUCCCUCAAGCUUCUUGCUUGUGGGUCUGUUUUAAUGAAACGCUGCUUUUUUAAAAAAAAAUAACAAAAAAUCAAGCAGCCGACCAAUUGGCAAUAAAUAAUUAUUAUAGUUACCAGAGUUAAAAGUGAAACCAUACGGACCCAAAUUUAAAAAGUUUUAGAUUUAUACUAAAAUGUCAAAAGUGGCCAAGCCACAUGGACCAAAAUAGAGUUUACUCUAAAUAAUAUUUGAAUAAAAGAGGAGAGAGGGGUACACGCAGCAGCAGCACCGCAGCACCCAAGUGUCUUAUUAAUUUGGUUGGUAUCCCCUUCUUUCUUUCCUUCCUUCCUUCCUUCAGAUUCAUUUCUAUCCCCUGUUGACUUGGUGAACACAGCUCGAUCAUCAUCACCAUGUCUUCCUUUGACAAUAAGUUUAAUCACCUUAAACUUCCCCUCAUUGACAUACAAACCGCUACAAACAGUUUUGCCCAUGAAAAUCUCAUCAGGAGAGGUGGAUUUGGAUACAUCUACCAAGGACAACUCUUGACUUCCGGAAAUUUGAUUGAUAUUGCUGCGCGGAAGUUAGGUGGUAAGCUUCGGUAUGGAAUCCCAGAGUUUCAGACAGAGAUUAUGAUGCUUGCUAGUCUAAAGCAUCAAAAUGUGGUCUCUAUUGUUGGGUUUUGUCAUGAGGAUGAGGAGAAGAUCAUCAUAUACAAUUAUGAGGCCAAGGGAAGUCUUGAGCAAUACCUAAGUGACCCAGUUACACUCCCAUGGACUCAAAGAUUGCACAUCUGUCUUGGUAUUGCACGCGCACUCAGUUACAUCCACUAUGACGAGGGACGCGAUUUUAGCGUCAUACACCGUGAUAUUAAAAGCUACAAGAUUUUAUUAGAUGUCAAUUGGGAAGCAAAACUAUCUGGUUUUGAGCUAUCCAGGAUGCAACCAGCAGCCAGGAGGCAGGGUCUUGUCCUCGACCGUCCAUGUGGCACGCCUGGGUAUGUAGACCCAGCAUAUGAAGCGUCUGCAACUGUGAACCACAAGUCAGAUGUGUACUCCUUGGGUAUGGUUUUAUUUGAAGUCCUCACUGGGAGGAAAGCAUGUAUCGACGAGGAAGGAAAACCAGUGUUUUUAGCUAGAUUGGCCAGAUCCCAUUAUGAAAAUGGAAAUCUCGAUGAUAUUAUUCAUCCGGAUCUACAUAAGCAAAUGGACCAGGGCUCGUUAAAAAAGUUCUCAGAAGCAGCAUAUUGCUGCUUGAAGGAUCAACGGUCACAACGCCCCAACAUAGAUCAGCUUAUCUUUGCCCUUGAUCAAGCAUUGAAACUUCAACUUGCACAUGAAGCCUCUGAACAUUCAACACUUGCGGUUGAAAGUACAUCAUCCGACUACUGGAAGGGAAAACAUUUAGAACACUUGAGGAUUGGAUUUGAUGUUAUAAAGUCCGCGACUGAGAACUUCGCUGAAAAAUAUUUCAUUGGGAAAGGCGGGUAUGGUUGGGUGUACAAAGCGGAACUUGAACAUUUUGAUUCCUCUGUAAUGGAAGACGGCAAGGAAUCAAAACUGCCUAGGAGGCGAAGCACUGUAGCUAUUAAAUACAUCUUAAAUAGAGAAGACAAACACGGAGAACAAGGGUUCUUUAAAGAAAUUGAUACCCUUAGUAGUUGUAAGCAUCCCAACAUAGUAUGUCUUCUUGGUUUCUGUUAUGAACCCCCACAUAUGAUCCUUGUCUAUGAACAUGUUUCUAAGGGAAGCCUUGAUAAUCAUUUGGGUAGCGAAGGAAAGAUGACUAAUCUUAGUUGGGAGCAACGAAUAAAAAUAUGCAUUGAUAUUGCCCUUGGCUUGGAUUACAUUCAUACCACCAUGGAAAACAAACAAAAGAUAAUCCACCGGGACAUAAAGAGUGACAAUAUUCUAUUGGGCGAGAACUGGGAGGCAAAGAUUGCUGACUUUGGACUCUCCAUAUUCCACCCGGUUGAUCAUAAGGCGAGCACUAUCAACGCAACAAAAGUUGCAGGCACACAAGUGUACUUGGAUCCAGAAUAUGAGAGGACUGGAAAGCUGAAAAAAGAAUCUGAUGUUUACUCCUUUGGGGUAGUAUUGUUUGAAAUCCUUUCGGGGAGAUUGGCUUAUGAUUUGGUUUACACCAACGAAAAUGAAAAGGGUCUUGCACCCAUUGUGAGACAACACUUCGAGAAGGGAACAAUAAAGGAAAUAGUUGACCCUAGUUUAAAGGAAGAAAAUGCUUUUACACUAGGUAAAGGUCCCAAUCAAGAUUCAUUGAAUACAUAUAUUAUCAUUGGGCAAAGAUGUUUGGCUAAAAAGCAAGCUGAGCGUCCAACAAUGAAAGCCGUCAUUAAGGAACUUGUGAAAGCAUUGAACUUUCAGGAAACUCACAAGGACAGCCUUCAUAUAUCAUUUGAAGACAUAAGAUUGGCCACACAAAACUUCAAAAAUCAAAUUGGAGUGGGAGGAUUCGGGAAGGUUUACAAAGGAGAAAUUUUGAGUGUUAAUGGACCUACCCCCAUUGCCAUAAAGCGGCAUGAUAAGACGCAUGGUCAAGGAGAAAAAGAAUUUUUGUCAGAACUUGAAAUUCUUUUUGAGUAUAAGCAUCAAAACAUCAUUGGUCUUAUAGGCUACUGUAAUGAAAUUAACGAGCAAAUCUUAGUCUACGAGUAUGCCUCUAACGGAAGUUUAGAUAGGCAUUUGAAUGAUGCCACUCUUACAUGGACGCAACGACUUAAGAUCAGCAUUGAUGCUGCAAUUGCGUUGGAUUUUCUUCAUGGAGGUGUUUCGCCUGUGAUACAUAGGGAUAUAAAAUCCUCCAAUAUUCUACUAAAUGGUGAUUGGAAAACAAAAAUUUCAGAUUUUGGGUUGUCGGUGAUAGCUCCGUUAAAUAACGAGAUUGACUUUGUUGUCGAUGAUGCUUGCGGCACACCUGGGUCUUUUACCAGUUUGGUUAAAUGCCACUAUGAGGAAGGAAAAGUUGAUCAGUUGGUGUUUGAGGGUAUAAAGAAUAAAAUUGUCCCAAGAUCAUUGACUACUUUCCAGAGGAUUGCAUAUCAAUGCUUAAGUGAUGAGAGAGAGGAGCGGCCAACGGCAAGUGAGAUAAUAUUACAACUAAAGACUGCAUUGGAAUUCCAAGAGGAUAUUGAAAUAUGGGAGGCCAAACUGCCUAAAGACUACAAAGAAAUAAUCCACAUGUCAAAAACCCCUGAGAUCUACUCUAACCUAAGCAACAAAGGUCUAUGCGAAAUGUUCUCCAAAGGAAUCCUCCUUCAACAGGGCAAAGUGUUUUUCUCAUUAAGCAGCAAUGGAGAAAGAAAUGAGAUGGUGUCAGCGACGAUGUUUUCUUAUGAAAAUAACAUAUCACAUAAGAGAAAAACUAUUCAAAAUUCAAGAUUUCAAAGAGUGGUGAAGAUGAUGGAUACUUCAAAUUUAAAGAUCCAUAUCAAGAUUAUAACUCAACUUUUAACUCCAAAUGUGAAUUAUGGGGCUCACCUUGUCUUCAAAUUUUGUGAGCCAAGAAAGUUGUCAAGUAAACUGAUGUAUGUCAACCUCAAGUACCAAAUGGGGAGUGAAACCCGGCAUGCAUAUUUCGCAACAUGCGGAGACGACGAAUGGAUGAUGAUAGAACUGUGUCGAUUCAUACCUCACAAGAAAAAUAUUGGUUUUGAGGUGCUACUCGAGAGCAUGUCAAGAUACUAUUGUGGAGGUGGUGGAAUCUAUGUUGAAGGCAUUCAUUUUCGAGCCAUCAAUGAUACAACUUUGAACGGGGGACAAAGAGUCUUGAAAUCUAACUCAGAUUCAGAGCAACAAGGGUCCGUUGAUUAUGAUGAAAUAACCCAACUAGAAGAUGGCGGAAAGUUAUUCUCAUUAAGCAAAGCGAGUGGUAAGAAAUGCCACACGCUUCCAGCAAAGAAGGUUUUAUAUGACACUUCUGAUGUUAGUUGUUUCAACUGGAAAUCACUCGAUGAGCCCGAAUCCAGAUUUCUUGAAGUGGUUGAGCUCUUAUCAGUACAAGUAUUUCGAAUAAAAUGCAAGAUUGAAACCCAAAAGUUGUCUGCAGACACAAAAUAUGCAUGUUAUCUCAUAUUCAAGCUAUCACAAGAGUGUCAUGGGUUGCAGUGUCCGGUGAAGGUGCAAGAUGUACUCCUUAGGAAAAAGAGAGAGCUUAAGUUUCUUUAUUUUAGAUCUCCAAGAUCAGUAAAUUUACAUGCUAGUGGAAGGGUUCCCGAACAAAGAGAAGACGGAUUGAUGGAAGUUAUUGUGUGGGAAUUCAACUCAGGUAACAAGGAUCAUGUUCCUAUGAGUUUGAAACUGAGAUGUUACGAAGAAAACAUGUCCGGUCUUAUUGUAUAUGGCAUCGAAUUUCGACCAAAAUAGAUAUAACUUUCUCUAACCUGAUGUGUAUUUAAGAAUUCAGUGGAUAAAAAGAACUUUAAUCAAGUAACAAAUCAUUUAGGCCGAAGUGUAAUUUAUGGGUUAACCAUGUUAAAUUUCUGAUGAAUAAUGUCUAGUU